AUGGCUAUUGAUGUUGAGUUUAAAAGAAAAAGUCGUAAAUUAGGAGAGAAAUUACUCAAGAAGAAAUCGUCGAAGAGCAAAUUUUCCAUAUCAAUCGCUGUACCUGGCUCCUUCCUCAAUAACGGACAAAGUUCUGAACUACGCACUUACAUGUCUGGCCAGAUUGCUCGUGCUGCUACGUUGUUUUGUGUUGAUGAUGUGAUCGUCUAUGAUGAGACAUGCAAAAUGACGCAAGAGAAUGUUGAUGCAUACUGGUCUGGAAAGUGGAGAGGUGAUAUAGCGCCAUCUGAUAUGAAUUUUGAAGCCUGUUUUCAUUUGGCACGCAUAUUGGAAUAUGUCGAAUGCCCACAAUACCUGAGGAAAUAUUUGUUUCCAUAUCAAAAACCGCUGAAGUAUGCAGGUCUUCUAAAUCCCCUUGAUGCUCAACAUCAUCUCAGGAGCGACGAUGUUUCUAUACCUUUCAGGGAAGGCGUUGUACUCGAUAAACCAACCAAACCCGAAAGGGGUUCAUUAUGUGACAUUGGCCUUGAAAAGGAAUUGGAAUUGGAAGAAAAGAUUCAACUUCCUGCUGCUACGCGGGUAACCGUUGAAAUUACUAAUUUGAACCAAAAUUCCAAACGAUAUCGAGGGAAGCUCACGAAUGCACGUACUGUUCGAGAGAAAACUGGGAAAUAUUGGGGCUACUCUGUGAAGUUGGCGACUAGCAUGAAAGAAGUGCUUGAUAGGAAUAAAUAUGAUGUUAUUAUUGGUACUUCGCCACGCGGCGAACCCGUCACUAAUAUGUAUCUCAAUACUCGAGUGUUACUGGUUUUUGGUGGUGUUUCUGGGGUCGACGCCGCGCUGGAGGCUGAAGAAGCACUCUCAGAGACUCGCGCUGAGGAAGCCUUUGAUCGGUUAGUGAAUUCCUUGCCGAAUAAAGGAACCAACAGCGAGCGAGUGGAAGAAAAUGUUUUCAUAACUCUUGCGGAAGUUACUAUGCGUUUACAACAGCUCUGUUCUCAAUGA